UCAAAUCUCCAGAAAGCCUGCGUGUUUUCCUUCUCCCGGCCCCGACACGAAAAAUGUGAUCUUUGUUUCUGCAAGUGUCUGGAAGUUUAUGAAGGUCAAAAAGCGUUUUUCGCGAUGCAUCCCUCCCUACCGCAGGCAACCAGUCAGAGCGCUUCCACGCAGUUGCCACUGGCUGCUGGCCAUUGGAGACUCUUCAUGCUGAGCAGCAAAAUGGCCGCCCGUCGACCGACUGACUCCACAGCGCUUUGAAUUUGAACAUUUCUGCAUAUUUUUGCCUCGCUCCGCAGCAACCAUAGUACUUCUUUACCAGCCAGUGGCGCGUUGCGCGUGUAUUUCUACCAUAGUUCAUUUACUUGACGUAUCCGCUCAGGCGUCGCUGUUCUUGUAGCUUCGACGAAUGCCUCAGAAAGCUAAGAAGAAAAAAACGCACUGAAGCACUUUAAGCUAGUUAGCACGCUAGCUUUUCUUUAUAUGUGAUUGCUGAGAAGAAAGGAGUUUCACGACUGGAGCAGUCGUUCAUGGAAGACAAGAAAAGGAAAAAAGAAGAAAAAAGGAAAAGGGAAGCCUCUCAGAAGGUUACGGAACAAAAGAACAAAGUGCUAGAUUUGACCAAGCAGUCGUCUGCGCAUCCUCCCGCAACUCAGAGCAGCUCUGCCUCCCCCAGCCCUGGACCCUCCCCCUCUGCAUCCCCAUCCCCAGCCACUUCAGGCCCUGGCAGUGCUGCCGCCCAGUCACAGGGUGGUAACAAUGCCAAGCGCCUUGCUGUGGCCAACGGACAGCCCACCUCCACCUCCAGUUCUUCCUCUGCCACAGGCAGCACAAGUGUUACAGGGAACGGGAAUACAAGUAGCGGCGGUGCGGCCCAGGCGCCCCAGCAGCAACCUCGCUAUAUGCCGAGAGAAGUGCCGCCGAGAUUCCGCUGCCAGCAGGACCAUAAAGUGCUACUGAAAAGGGGGCAGCCACCACUGUCCUCCAUGCUGCUGGGAGGGGGAGGAGGAGGAGGAGGGGAUCCACCCAAUGCAAACACGGCUGCUGUCUCAGAUUCGGGUGCAGCUACCACCUCAUUGGCCCUCACCUCGUCAUCAGUUGCUGCUUCUACCACUACUUCUAAUUAUGCAAAUUCCAUGUGGGGCACGAGCUUAGGCAGCCAGGCUUCCUCGCAGGGCAGGGAGAAGGUGAUUGUAGAUGGGAACGACCUGGAAGAGUGGCCCAGCAUCGCUGGAAGUGAUGGGGGAGGAGCUUCUUUCACUGUGGCUGGAGGAGGUGGCGGCGGAAGCAGCAGCAGCAACAGCAACGGGAUGCCUGUGAACAGCACUAGUGCCUCUGGCAACCAAUCCUCAUCCACUUCCUUGUUCUCUUUGCCCAAUGAAUGUAUGCAGUCGUCCAGUAGUGUGGCGUGGGGGACGGCUGCCGCCCAGGGCCAUCUUGGAGGAGGAAAUGCAGUAGCUUCAGCUGGGCCUAUAUUACAGCAGUCCUCCUCAGUUUCCAAAGCCGCCGCUGUGCCAGGAAGCCAUGAUGCCAGUGGCCUCGUCGAUGGCAGCAGUGGUAUCCCGGGUGCCAACUUUAAUCCAAAUGCCAACCCUUCGGCCUGGCCUGCCUUGGUGCAACAGGAUGAAGGAGGUCCAUCGUCCUUCCAUCACCAGGGCCCUGGAGGGACUUUAUCUGCCAACAAUUCUGCUUCCGUAGGGCUCAAGGCUGGGGCAGUGGCACUCGGGGGUCACCAAGCUUUGUCUGUGAAUCAAUCAAGCACUCAUCAGCACCAACUUCACCAAAUGCAAUCGAGAGACAGAGAGAUGGCAGGCGGCAAGUGGGAUAGUGAAUCAGCGGGACCAAAAAUUGCAGGAGAGGAAGGAGUUGCGGGAGGAAUGGGAGGUGGUGGAGACCACAAUCUUUGUUCCUCGUGGAGGGGCCAACCCUCUUACCCUGUAUCCAACUCCAAAACGGGUGCCUCAAGGACUGAUGGAUGGGAGGGCAGAGAGGGUGGCACGGGGUCAUAUAGAGCUGCUGAGGGGGAUAAUGGGUCUUCGGGUUGGGGUUAUCCGGGGCCCUCCAGUGGGGUUAAGUCAUGGGGCAGUGCUGGAAAUGGUGCGAAUGAUAGUCAAACUGGGGUAUCUCAGGGAGGGUGGGGGACAUCAGGAGCAGGAGUGGAAAAAGGGAUGUCUAGUGUUGACUGGGGUGGGAGUUCCUCUAGCACUGGAGGAGCUCAUCCUGGAGAAGUCAGGGGAGGAGCCUGCAGCAGUAACAGCAGCAGUAGUGGAUGCAGCACAGCUGGCAAUCCGCCCGUCACCUCGACUGCUAUGAACAGAGCUUGGGACAAUCAGAAGGGAGAGGGCGAAACGGGGGAAUGGGGUGAGGGAGGGCACGGAGCACAGGGAGGAUCUUUAUCCAGCGGUGGGAAUUCCAGAUGUGAAAGGGAACAUAAUGGCUCCCGUCCCCGGCGUCAGCCACCCGAUACUGAAGCUGCCUUACAGAACCUGCUCAGUCGUCCCGAUCUUGAUCCACGGGUACUAUCAAACACAGGCUGGGGCCAAACACAGAUUCGACAAAACACAGCUUGGGAUCUUGGUAAUCAAGCAGAACACAAUAAGAGCGCGCUCUCGUCAACCUCUUCAAAACACCCAGCUUCUCUGGGACAUUCUUCUCAGUAUUCGUCUGGACCCAGAAUUCCGAUUGGUGAUUCCAAUGGGCCGGGGGUCCACCCUCCCUUGCUUUCAUCUGCUGGCUCCUCUGCGGAGGGCUGGGAGACCAGCAGCAGCAGCAGUAGCAGUGGUGGGGCCUCUUUAACUGGGAGAGCUCCACAACCUUCUGGCCCAACCAUGAGUAAUCUUGGCGUCUCGCAGUCUGGUGCAGUGAUCGCGGCAGGUACUGGUAGUUCGGGACCCUUUGGACAAAACGAGCAAGGAAAGACUACUGGCUUGGGUGCAGGAGGAAUGGGUGCCGUGGAUAGUCAGGAGACCAAAGGAUGGGAUAAUGAAGAAUGGAGAACCAAUCGAGGAAAUGGGGGCAGUUGGGGUGGUCUGGGCGAGCAAGGUAACCCUGUGAGCGCCGAGAGGGGAGCGGUAGGGUGGAAAGAAAUGGGAGGAGAAGGACGAGGAAGUGGGUGGGGCUCAGGGCAGAAGGUCGGGGCAGGUCGGGACUGGGGUGAGCAGGAGUCCAAAUCUAAUAGUAGCGGUGCAGGAUGGGAAGAUGAACCGAAGAACGGGGGAAGGAACUCAGGUGCGGGCAGUUGGGGAAGCUGGGGGGAAGAUCAUCGGAGGUCCUGGGGCGCAGGAGGGCCGGGGGCGGGAGGCAGCGGAGCAGUUGCAGUUAGUGGGCCCAAACCCCAUCAAGGUUGGAGUGGAGGAAAUAAAAUGCACCAGAUGCCAAACAGCCAGUCAGGCUCCAUCACGGGCCUGCAGGCACAACUGCAGCAGCAACAAUCACAGCCCCGGAAUCAGCCUCCACAGCUGCAGCAAGCGUUGGACCAAGGGGCUAUGCAAGGGGGUGGUGGGAGAAAACCAAUCUCCCAAGCUCAGAACCAAAGCUCAGGCUGGACCUCGGGGCCCAUGCCUGCUGGCCAUGGUGGGAGUGGAUCUGCACCGAGCGGUUGGGAGGAACCGUCCCCGCAGUCUUUAAGCAGGAAAAAUGAGAUUGAUGAUGGAACAUCAGCAUGGGGCGACCCAACCCAUUACAACUACAAGCCGGUUAAUUUGUGGGAUAAGAACACCACCCCCGCUGGCCGGCAGCCACACGGUCAAAGUCAGGCUCAACAGCAGGGACCCCCACCUUCAACGCAGCAGCUCAAUCGACCUGCCACAGGACCUGGAGGCGGCAGGGACUUCAACACCAGUCACGGACUGGGAAAAGCUUCUCCGAUGGGUACCUCAGGUUGGGGUGGUACACCUCCAGCUAGUCCCACGGUAGACAAUGGUACAGCCGCUUGGGGAAAACCGACCGAUGCCCCCUCUGGCUGGGGGGAACCUGAUGACGCUGGCGGGAAAAGUGGCUGGGGAAACCCUCCUUCCAAUCCAAUUAAUUCUGGAUCAAAGUCUAUGCAAGACAGCUGGGGGGAAAAAGAGGGCUCUGUGACAGCGUCACGUCACUCGAGCUGGGAGGAAGAGGAGGAGGGCGGGAGCAUGUGGAACAGCGCCGGCUCCCAGGGGAGCGGGUCGUCCUGGGGACAGGGUAGCAAUGGUGGCUGGGGACAGAGCCACAAUGUCAAGAAGCCUAGCCACAAGGGUCCGCUCAAGGUUGGGGGAGAUUCCUGGAUGAGCCCAAUAAACAGACAAUUCUCAAAUAUGGGGCUUCUGAAUGACGAUCCGAGCGGUCUGAACAUUGACCUGCCGCCAGGCGCUCUCCAGGAAAAGAAGAUGGAAAUGGAUAAAAGAGCCUUGGGAAUGAUGGAUUACAAUGGAGACAUGCGGAAAGGACGAGGGGGAGGCAGCAUGGCUUAUCGUUCACCCGUUUCCAAAGAGGCGGCGCCUGGGGAUGGUGUUUCUUUUUACGACAAGACCUUGCUUUUGAACAAUCAGGAUGGGUACCUUGGGGAGGACGGUCCUUGCUCUCUGUUCUCACCACCCACUGCCUACAAGCCCCAUUCCCUCUUCAAUCACACUAUCCCCUUUAGACAAGGUGGCCACGGUCUCCUUGGCAGUAGUGGAGGGAUGUCUCAGCCCAGACACCAGCCCAAUGUUCCCACCAUGAACCAGUCCCAAGGGAUACGAGCACAAGUGCCUCAUCAGUUCCUGUCACCUCAGGUGCCAGGCUCCAUGCUGAAGCAGAUGCCCCCUCCCAGUGGGGGCAUUGGGGGCGUUGGCAGUGUGGGAGGAGUGCCUGGAGUCGGCGGCAGCGGUGUGUUCCCUCCACAGCUGUCCCCCCAGCAUAUAGCCAUGCUCAGCAGCAUCUACCCGCCGCACAUCCAGUUUCAGUUGGCUUGUCAGCUCCUCCUCCAGCAACAACAGCAACCACCACAACAGCAGCUGCUGCAAAACCAGAGAAAGUUCACACCUAAUGUGCGGCAGCAAGCUGACCCUCAACAGUUGGCGAGGAUCAUGGCAGUACUCCAGCAACAACGGCAGCAGCAGCAAGUCGGAGGUUUAGGUGGCAACCUCAAACUCUCUCCCUCCCACCAUGGUGGAAGUGGUGCCAAAUUACACGGGGUUGACUCCUUGCCCCACCAGGGCCUGGCAGGAUCUGUGGCUGACCUGCAUCAGAAAACGUUUGGACCUUACUCGGGCUUCAGUUCUGGUGUGAACCUCGCAGGUAUGGACCUGGGCGGCUCUAUGGUCGGGGGGCCUGGGGGCAUGAAGGACAUGGGAGGACAACAAUCUCGUUUCAAAUGGAUGAUGGAGGGACACUCCUCGCCAGACACUUCCUCACCUGAAAAUGCAUUCCACAAAAAUGGUCCUGUCACCUCCAUGAAGAUGCCGGGGGGCUCACCCUACUCACAGUACGACAUGAUUGUUGGAGAUGCGCAAGGCAACACCGGUUGGCAUCGCACCCCUGGCAAGAUGAGUACUAAGCCCACCACUACAGCCAGCUGGCCCCCUGAGUUUCAGCCUGGUGUUCCCUGGAAAGGAAUAGAUCGGGUUGACCCCGAAUCGGACCCCUACAUGACGCCAGGGAGCAUGAUGGGAAACACCGUCUCUCCCUGCCUCAAUGACACUGAGCACCAGUUGUUACAAGACAAUACUGAUUCCAUCCCUCCCCUCAACACCUUACUGCCUUCACCUGGUGCCUGGCCCUACAGUGCCUCAGAUCCCCUGAACAACGCACACAACUCAGCAAAGUACACAGACUAUAAGACUGGAUGGCCCCCCGAGCCCAUUGGGCACAAGUCCUGGAAAGCCAGUCGUGGCAGCAGCCAGGCGCAGCUGUCGCGCCCACCUCCAGGCUUAGCCAGUCAAAAGCAGAUAUCGCCGACCCCGUGGUCAGGUGGUGGCCCUCGAUUGGCCGGCAGGGGAUGGAGCAGUGGCUCGGGCACCUCUGGCUCAGCGUGGAGCGACAGCAGCUCUCGGGAAAGUUGCUGGUUGGUGCUCAGCAAUCUCACGCCACAGAUUGAUGGCUCCACGCUUAGAACCAUUUGCAUGCAGCAUGGCCCCCUGCUGACCUUUCACCUUGGCCUGACCCAGGGCAGCGCACUUAUCCGCUAUGGCUCCAAACAGGAAGCAGCCAAAGCCCAGAGCGCCCUGCACAUGUGUGUUCUGGGCAACACCACCAUCUUAGCCGAGUUUGUGAGCGAAGAGGAUGUGGCCCAGUACAUUGCACAUUCCCAGGCUGGAGGGUCGGCGAGCGGAGGUGCAGGCACGGGCUCUGGCGCCACCCCCGCACCAUCCUCUGCCGUUGGAGCUAAUGGUAGCGGGGCUAACUGCGAGCUCGCUGCAUCAGCAGCGACAGCAGCAGGAGGAGGAGGAAAUGGCGGCGGCGGCACGGGAGGAAGCGGAGAGGUAGGGUCUUCAGCAGGGACGGUCGUACCCGUGGGAGCCGGACAUUCCGAGUCCACGUGGCAAAGCCUGGAAGCCACCGGCAGCUCAUCGGACCAGUCCGCCCCCGCCGCACCCGGUCUGGGCAUCUUUUCCCAGUGGAGUGGCAACGGCGCCGGGGUGGGAGGAGGCGGAGGGGUGGAGGCGGGAAGGCAAGGUCUGUGGGGGGGUAUGAGUGGCAUGAGUGGCGCCGGGUACCCCAGUAGUAGCCUGUGGGGUUCGCCAGCACUUGAAGAUCGCCAUCAGAUGGGCAGCCCGGCCUCGCUACUGCCAGGGGACCUUCUGGGAGGGAACGGCGACUCCAUCUGAAGGGCCCCCCUCCCCCAUUUGGAAAAUCACCGUCACGACGUCACCCUCUAUUUAUUUCCACACACAAAUGAUGGAAUUGAAGCUACACUGGUCUCCCGUCACACAGGCUACUUGCAAUACAUUCUCGUAAUUUCACACAUUAAAUCAUCAACGUUAAAUGAAGACCACAGUGAAACUUGAAGCGGGGAGGAGGGGAAAAGGGGGGGGGGGGACUGAACUGGGUAGUUCUGUCUUUUUACUCCACGACCCGAUCACUCAGGCAUGUACUGUAGAUGGGCUCAGCCGAGUCCCAACAUGUCAACGCGUUAAGUCCUCGCUGUUGUUUGUGUGCCACAGUUGUCCUCCCCGCCCGAGCCCCUCCCUCGUCUUUUGUAUUUAAUGUCGACGACUUGCAGACUGAGCCUUCUUCGACCCGGUGUACUUCUCUUUAAGUUCUCAUGUUCGGAAGCUUGAAAGUGACAAAAAGGAUCCGGCGUGUCUCGUGGAAAACGGAGGGCGGGGGGAUAACAGCACCUCGCUUUCGCUCUCAACUGGACCAGUGGCAAACUUUUUAGAGGAUUAGAGGAACAUUUUUACUCUAUACCGACACCUCUACCUUGGUGGGAAUGCCAUCAACUGGGGCCCAGGGUUAAAAAGAAAGAAGAAUUAAAAACAAAACAAAAAAAAAAACCUAAACAUUAGCCAAACUUGCACUAUAUGCCUCUGGGGUUUGUUGUUGACUCAUCCAAUACAAAUUCCUUCACAACUCGACACCGACCUUACAGGACGACUUGUAAUGUUACAUCAGCAGUGGCCUUGGCCCACCUGCACUCACACACACACACACACAUGCACACACCAGUUACACACUGCUCUUACCUUUGACAAGCAAAACUCUUAUCUCCUUGUGGAUGUACAUCGGUUGUCUCGGUUUGAAGAGAAACGUGAAAACUUUGUAGAGAUCUCUUUGUUCCCCAUUCAAAAACACUGACCUCGCUAUUGUACUUUUGUUUUUCUUACUCAAAAGAAAUCGACUUGGUUGUUGUUCUAUAUUGUCCUGAUGUUAAUGAUGACUCUGGUCACUUAUUUACUCGCUGUUCAAGGUGCCCUCCUUGCCUGCCUUGUGUGUGCAUGACAGGAGCGUUGACGGUAUGACCGAAUGGAGGAUGAAGAAAAUGACGAUAUCAGGAGUGUUGAUGUGAGUGUUGGCGCGCGUGUGUGGAAUUGCUACAAUGUUGAAUGUUUUCUUUUUGUCCAUGAGAGAUUCAUGCGGGCACUUGCUUUUGAAAACUUAACCUGCUUCAGUCAGGGGAGUGAAUAGAUGUUUAUCUGACAGCUUGGCUUUUUGUGUGUGUGUGUGUGCGCGUGCGUGACCACCAGACAUUGUGAUAGCUGAAAAGUUCAAAAACAUUGGCACUAUUGCAUAUGUCUCUUAAGUUUGUUUUUUUUAGCAGCAUUUUGUUCAUGUUUGUUUUUCCAUUUUGUUCAAUGCAAUUAUAGAUCAUUUGUUUUUAAGACGCAACCAACUGAAGGCAUUUCUAUUCAAAUGCUCAAAUCCUACCAUACCAAGCUCAGCUGGAACCAGUGUUUUACAGACACGUUAAAGAUAGUAGCUGUUAUGUUUUACAGUUUGUAUGUUUGUUUUUUGAUGUUAUGUAUCAAUUUAAAUUAAGUCAGUCUUUAUCACUCCUGUUCAGGAUGUUUUCAUUUAUUUCAGAUGUUACGAAAAGGAGAGGAAAUUAAUUUAAAGUUGAAAAGAACAAGAAAAUAAAGGUUCAAAGCGUUA